AUGAUUUGGGAAGGCUCAAAGAGGAAUCAACUGAUUCUUGGAACCCCAUUCCUUGCUACAGCUGGAGCGGUCCUAAACUACUUUGGGAAUCAUCUAUCUUUUGGCCACAUCCGGCAAGAUAUCUUUUUCCCAAGUGUAAAUUUCAGAAUCUUUACACCAAAAGAUUCGGAGCUUAAAGGUGACCAAUCCAUUGAAGAGAAGCUUGAGAGAACUAUGAAGCUUUUCCCCAAGGCAUUGGUUUUCAAAGAUGAUGUGAGAGAUGACUAUGGCGCAAAACCACACAAGAAGCCACUGAACCGGAGAAUGGAGAAGCUAAAGGGAUCCUUUGCCCUUCAGCCACUCUUCACCACGAUUGAAAGAAAGAAAAGGAGUCAAGCUAAAUGA